AACCACUAAUUGUUUUUUUUUUCUGAAAACCAGGGACCCCACAAUUACCUGGAAUGGAAAAACAUCCGUAAUUUGAUAAAUUUCAUCUUCUAUAAACCCAAAUUUUUUGACAUCAUCAGCACCAGCGAGUAAAUGCACAUAGUGUUUCGAUCACCCGCGAAAAAUGGCGUCAACUCAGUUGACUCAGUCUCCAUACAGAAAUGGAAACCCUAGUUUUCAUCAAGAAUUCCCAAAUUACUCAAAACCCUUUUCUCAAAUUCUGAAACCAAACAAAAUUCGAUUCUUAUCAUCAAGCGGAAAAGUCAAAAUUAGAUGUGAAUUAACAAGCUUUGAGAAUUCACACAAAUGGAGUAGGAGUGAUGAUCGGAUUCCUGAAAUCGACCAUCACAGUUUUCAUAGUUCAAUUUCUGCAUUACCAAUGGCUACGAACUCUAUAGAUUCUUCUUCUACUCAGCAGAAUUCUAAAAGAGUUUGUCUGUUUUAUUGUACUGAAUUCAAAUCUCUAGCUGAACGAGUUGCUGCUCAGUCCGAUUCAAUUGAGCUCAGAAACAUUACCUGGAGGACAUUUGAGGAUGGCUUUCCGAACUUGUUUAUAUCUAAUGCCCAGGGCAUACGUGGACAACAUGUUGCUUUUCUAGCUUCAUUUAGUUCCCCAGCAGUGAUUUUUGAGCAACUUUCUGUAAUAUAUGCAUUGCCGAAGCUGUUUAUUUCUUCAUUUACACUAGUGUUACCUUUUUUCCCAACUGGUACCUCCGAGCGUGUGGAAGAAGAAGGAGACAUUGCAACAGCAUUCACCCUUGCUAGAAUUUUAUCAAAUGUACCAAACUCGAGAGGUGGACCAACUAGUUUAGUGAUAUUUGAUAUCCAUGCUCUGCAGGAGAGGUUUUACUUUGGAGACAAUGUUUUACCAUGCUUCGAGAGCGGGAUUCCUUUGCUUAAAAACAGGCUUCAACAGCUCCCUGACUCUGACAAUAUAAUCAUUGCUUUUCCUGAUGAUGGUGCAUGGAAGAGAUUCUAUAAGCAGCUGCAGCAUUUCCCUAUGAUUAUUUGCACCAAAGUUCGGGAAGGUGACCAGAGGAUUGUACGCCUCAAAGAGGGAGACCCCAAAGGCCGCCAUGUUGUAAUUGUUGAUGACCUAGUUCAGUCUGGCGGUACACUGAUUGAAUGUCAGAAAGUUUUGGCCGCACAAGGAGCAGCUAAAAUCAGUGCUUACGUGACACAUGGGAUCUUCCCUAAUAGAUCGUGGGAACGCUUCGAACCUGAUAUGGGAGGAUCUCCAGAGAAUGGGAUGACCUACUUUUGGAUCACAGACUCUUGUCCGCUGACGGUCAGAGAGGUAAAAAACAGACGUCCCUUCGAGAUCCUUAGCCUUGCUAGCUCUAUUGCAGCCAGCCUUCAGAUAUAGUGCAGCCCAUCAACGACUGACUACUUUGUGAAGGUUCUUUGUUCAUUUUUCCUUCUUUCUUUUUAUGGCUUGCAUUUUAUUUUUUGAGUCAAUCCAAUGAGAGUGGGUGCUUGAAGUCCCUUAGAAGCGGCAGCAGUUCAUUAGUCCGGUCCCUUUUGUGUACCAGCACAACCCCAUUUAUUAGGUAGAUUUGGUGACAUAUUUAACUGAACUUGGACUUGGGCGCUUGAGAUUAUUUUAAUAGGUAUAAAAUAUUUCAUUAAUUGGCUGGAUUGUACAAAUAAAUUAAUUGUCUGAAAGAAUAGAGUAGAUUGAAUGGCAAAUAAUCGGGUUGUUGGUCAGGUGGAAAGAUUCUUAUUUUCCAUAAUCGAAUUUUCAAGUCGGUAUUGCUGUUGGGCA